CCCGCCCCGGCCCGGUGCCGCGGGCUCCCGCAGUUCCGCGUCUGCGCACGGCCGAGGGGCAGGAGCUGGGCCGGCCAGGGAGGCGCAGGACGCCUCGGGAGCCAAUGGGCGCGCGCGGGGGAGCCGGGCUGGCGGCGGCGGCCGGCUGGGCGCGCACUGCCAGGAUGGACGGCGAGCGCCUGGCGUCGGGCUCCGCGGAGCUGGCGGUCGGGGAGAGCCCGCGGGGCGGCGCCCCGAUCCCGAGUGGCAGCGGUUCCUGCAGCCUACUGCAGGCCGAUGUGCUGGAUCUGGACGAGGACGAGGACGACCUGGAGGUGUUCAGUAAGGAUGCCUCACUGAUGGACAUGAACUCAUUUAGCCCUAUGAUGCCAACAUCUCCUUUGUCGAUGAUAAACCAAAUCAAGUUUGAAGAUGGACCAGAUUUAAAGGAUCUCUUCAUCACAGUUGACGCCCCUGAGAGCCAUGUCACGACAAUUGAAACUUUCAUCACUUACAGGAUCAUAACCAAGACAUCUCGUGGGGAGUUUGAUUCCAGUGAAUUCGAAGUCAGACGACGUUAUCAAGAUUUCCUUUGGUUGAAGGGUAAACUCGAGGAAGCACACCCCACUCUCAUUAUUCCUCCAUUGCCAGAAAAGUUUAUCGUGAAAGGCAUGGUGGAACGUUUCAAUGAUGACUUCAUUGAGACCCGCAGGAAGGCACUGCACAAGUUUCUGAACAGGAUUGCUGACCACCCAACUUUAACAUUUAAUGAGGAUUUCAAGGUUUUCCUCACUGCACAAGCCGAGGAACUCUCUUCCUAUAAGAAGCAAGGACCUGGCUUGCUGAGCAGGAUGGGGCAGACGGUCAGAGCGGUGGCGUCUUCCAUGCGAGGAGUGAAGAACCGGCCAGAAGAGUUCAUGGAGAUGAAUAACUUCAUUGAAACAUUCAGCCAGAAAAUAAACUUAAUAGAUAAAAUAUCUCAGAGGAUUUACAAGGAAGAAAGGGACUAUUUUGAUGAAAUGAAAGAAUACGGCCCUGUUCAUAUUCUGUGGUCAGCCUCAGAAGAAGAACUGGUUGAUACGUUGAAAGGCAUCGCCAGCUGCAUUGAACAGUGCUGUAAGGCCACAGAGAAGCGGAUGUCUGGCCUGUCAGAGGCCUUGCUCCCUGUCGUCCAUGAGUAUGUGCUUUACAGUGAGAUGUUAGUGGGUGUUAUGAAAAGAAGAGAUCAAAUACAAACAGAACUGGAUUCCAAAGUUGAAGCUUUGACCUACAAAAAAGCUGACGUCGAUCUGCUUACAGAGGAAAUUGGAAAACUUGAAGAUAAAGUGGAAUGUGCUAAUAAUGCCCUGAAAGCAGACUGGGAACGGUGGAAGCAGAACAUGCAGAAUGACCUCAGGUCAGCGUUUACCGACACGGCAGAGGAGAACAUCCGCUACUACGAGCAGUGCCUUGCUACAUGGGAAUCAUUCCUCACAUCACAGACUGACCUCCCCUUGGAAGAAGAUUCUGAAGAUAAACUUUAAUCCUAUGGAAGACUCCUGUUUGAUCUUUUAGAGACAGCAUCUAUCAACCAAAGUUAUUUUUUUUUCUGGAUUGGCUGUGCCCUUUACAAAGAGGAUAACAAAUGAUUUUGCACUGUCUGGAAAACCAACAACAUAAAAACUCAGGUAUUCCAGGUCAUCAACGUGAAUUUGUGAUAUAAAUAUAUCUAUCUAGAUAUAUAGGUCUAUUAUGUGAUAUAUAUUCUAUAGAUCUAUAGAUCUGUUAUAUGGAUAGAUAUUUAUCUAUGUCUAUAUGGAUAGAAAGAUAUUUAGUGUAAUUUUAAUUAUGUUCUAAAUUUAUGUGUCAUUAAUUACAAAUAGAGGUUUUUUUCUUACAUAUUUUAUUGUGGAAUAUUAAAUUUUUCAAUAUGUUGCAAAGACUUGGUUUUAAUAAAAUCUUUAAUAAGAAAUGGGUGUCUAUGAUGUGUUCAUUUUCUAUCAGAGGUAAAUCUCCUGAAAGAGUUUUAAUGUUAAUUCAUUAUGUAUUAUCAAGCAUAUUAUGCAUGCACUUUAGUGUCAUCAAAAUUUACUUUGAUAUUAAGAAUUUGGAGUAAAUGUACAAAGUUAUUAAACAUGAAAAACAAUUGUUUAAAUUUUUAUUAAAUAAAGUGGUUGUUUUCAACA